AUCUUUGCGGCGUGUCAGAUAAACAUGAACACUUACUGAAGUGUUUGGUUGUUUUGUUGCUGUUGUUGGGAAUAAACGGUGUUUAGUGAGGUGUUGCGGGGCAUAAAAGCGGGCUGUUAUCACGCAGGAACCUCUGUAAAGCUGUGUUUGGAGCAGCGACGGCCGCGGGGACACCGGUCCAGCCGCUUCCUGCUGUGUUACAUAAUGUCGGUCUAGCUGCUGAUCUAGGUUAAUAUCAGCCCGUCCUGCUGAAGGAAACACCGCUCUCUUCUGCAACAGUUCGACAUUAGUCUCCAGGAUGGGCUUCAGCAGGGUCUACAUCAGCAUAGGCUACGCUUCGUUCGGGGCUCUGGUCGGACUGUCGGCGUUCGUGGUGUGGAACGUGGCGUACAGACAGCCGUGGACGGCGGCCAUGGGCGGCCUGUCGGGAGUUUUAGCUCUCUGGGCUCUUGUCACGCACAUCAUGUACCUCCAGGACUACUGGCGCACCUGGCUCAAGGGUCUCAAGUUCUUCAUCGGCGUUGGAGUGCUCUUCUCAGUCCUGGCCGUGGCUGCCUUCAUCACCUUCCUAACUCUGGCCAUCACCCAGAAGCAAUCUCUCACUGACCCGAGGAGCCUCUACCUGUCGUGCGUCUGGAGCUUCAUGACCCUCAAAUGGUCUUUCCUCUUGGCUUUGUACUCGUACCGAUACCGGCAGGAGUUUGCAGACAUUAGCAUCCUCAGCGAUUUCUAGUCGGUGCAGAUUUUAUAGACUGCAGUGGACGAGGAGGAUUUUAGGCUGCCAGCACGAGCUGGUCAAGGAGCUAUGUAACAAAGAGGAAGAAAAGAAAACAUGGCUAUAUGAAAAGGUCACAUGACUUUUACUACAUGGAGUUGCACUCGCUUAACAAGCUCUUUCCUUGUAUUGUAAUCCAAGUCCCCACUUCACCACAUUUUAGAGUCCUGUGGAAAGUUGAACGUCAAAUCCUCUGGAGGUUUGAGCUGAGCAGAAUGAUUUGCUCCAGAUUAUUUAUGAUGAGUUGUGCUGUUGGAUUUCCAGACAGGUUUUCAUUUCUGGGGUGUUCAGUGAUGGAACAGCUAAUAGGUCAAAUCUAGUGAUUAGUUGUGUAGAGGAAAGUAAAUACGGUCUCAAAACAAAACUUCUCUGGACUAAAACUACAAGUAGGCACAUCUGCAAACCACACAAUAUCCGUUUAUUGAUCAAAACGUCUUUUAGCAACUAUUUUCUUCCAGGGAUGUCACACUAUCAAGUGUUUUGUAAUUGGUACUACAGAGUUCCCACAAUCCCUGAGAAUCAGUUAAUGAGACAUAUUUAUAUUUCUUCUGUUAACUGCACUACUGCACACAAUAUUCCAACACACACCCACCCACCCACACACCCGUGUGUUUUGAUGGUAGCGUACUAAUGUAAUGAGCUGCACCAAGCUUAGUUUUGAGCUAUCACUAUUUCAGCCAAAAUAGACGCUAGCCCGAACUCUAUAACUCUAGCCUUUGUAACCGUCGUGUCGGAACCGAGAUACAUCAGAAAACACUUCUCAGCAUGUGGACAUUUGGAUGGCAUAUUAAUGUAAAGUCAUCUCUAACUGCCUGUUCUUCAGCUCCUCAGAUAUAUUACUUUUUUUUUCUUUUUCUUUUGUUAAAAAUGCUCCAAGAGACUGCUUUUAAACUGGAUUUUGGUUGUGUAUCUGUCCCUCAUGGAAUACAAGCAUCUCUUGAGUAUCUCUUCUUUUUUUUUUUUUUAACCCAUAAUUUUCAGUGGACCUGUUACUGCAUAACUCUGUGUGUUAUUGUCCCAUAUCUCCUGCUUUUAUAGUAUUUUCUGUACUUGUGGUGCCAGCAAGAAAUACAGUUGCAUUUUAAGCGUUUUGGCUCUGACUUAGAACCUUAGUAUUAAAUUGCGCGGCAUCCCUAUCUCAAUCGCUUUAUUGUUUAGAUAAAAAAAAUGAUGGUUUAUGAAAUGAAUGGUCUCUGAUUUAAAACUUUAUUUUAAAGCUGAUGUUAAUGACAUUACACGUUUUCAUGAAUAAUUAAUUAAUCCUUUACUUGUCUGUUGUGAUUGAAAAGAGAUUCGAGAAUGUGCUUUUGAUUUUUAUUCCACCAAUGGGAGACUGGCUUUUCUGUCAAGAGUAUUUCAGACUCUGACAUUCCUCUUUUAUAGAAAACACAAAUGGAUUUGAUAAAUAACUGCACCUUAGUUUAGGACAUCGAUGCCCUUGAUUUGCACAGUUUCUGAUACAAAAAUAUGUUUUACACAUUGUCAUUCUGUUUCACCAUUUUAUUGUGAAAAUAAGCCAAUUAUGAGUAUUGAAGUUUUUUUUCUUUCCAGUCAGUUCAAUUGUGUAGCUCAAGUUGAAUUAAGCUUUGUAGUUCCAGUUGUAGCUCAUGUCUACCUUUGACCUUAAAACAUGUAAAGCUGUAUUUUUGUCGAUGAGAUGAUGAAUGUGAAGAUACUAAAUGUACAGAGAAACUGAUCCCAUCAAUAAAAUGCAUUUAUUGUGAA